GCCCCGUGUGUGGCGGAGCGGGAGCAGAAAGGGGAGUGAGGGCGGCGAGACGCUUGAGGGGAGCCGGGCCGGGGGGCCGCCGCCGCCGCCGCCAUGCAGGAAAUCAUCGCCAGCGUGGACCACAUCAAGUUCGACUUGGAGAUCGCCGUGGAGCAGCAGCUCGGGGCGCAGCCGCUGCCCUUCCCCGGCAUGGACAAGUCGGGCGCUGCUGUCUGUGAAUUCUUUUUGAAAGCAGCCUGUGGCAAAGGAGGCAUGUGUCCAUUCCGCCACAUCAGUGGUGAGAAGACAGUUGUGUGCAAACACUGGCUGCGGGGACUGUGCAAGAAAGGUGACCAGUGUGAGUUCUUACACGAGUAUGACAUGACCAAGAUGCCCGAGUGCUACUUCUACUCCAAAUUUGGGGAGUGCAGCAACAAGGAGUGCCCCUUCCUGCACAUUGACCCGGAGUCCAAGAUCAAGGAUUGCCCUUGGUACGACCGCGGCUUCUGUAAGCAUGGUCCUCUGUGCAGGCACCGGCACACGCGGAGAGUCAUCUGUGUGAAUUACCUGGUGGGAUUCUGCCCAGAGGGCCCCUCGUGUAAAUUCAUGCACCCCCGAUUUGAACUGCCUAUGGGAACCACUGAGCAGCCCCCACUGCCGCAGCAGACGCAGCCUCCGACAAAGAUCCUGCCCCUUACAAGCAAGGGAGACUGGGACUCCUAGAAGGAGGAACUUCCUGAGGCGACACCACCAGGCAGUGGCAAAUGGAGGACCAGAACUGAGGCCAAGGGUCCUCGGGCUAGCGCCAUUGCUGCUCCUAAGGCGAGACCAGGACUGAAGGACAAGCUGGCUCCAGUUUCUGAGAUAGCCCCACGGUGCAGCUGGUCCCUUUCCUCAGGCGCGAGAAGAGUGAAAAUGCAUAACACAGACAAGUGGGGAUCUCUGGCAGCCCCAAACAGGACUCCCUGGAUCUGGGUACAGGGCUGAAGCUGGGCCCGGGGAAGGCUGGCCCAGGGUUAGGUAGGGCCUCAACAGGUCUGCUGCCCUGGAAGCCUCAUCUCUUACCUGGCUGUGCUUACCCUCCACAGACCCACCCCACCCUCAGGAGGCACAGGUGCCAAACAAACCGAACUCUCCUGGGGAAAGCCAGGCGUUUCCAGGCACGGGUAUAGCUGCCAGCCUGGGGCUUCCUCGCUCGGUCUUUAGGGUUCAAUGGUUUGGACAUGCGUUGCUGUGGAGUCCCCGCCCUAGCAGCCCUGCCCCUUCCUAUGUGGCCCCCUGGAGGAGGGCCCUCAGCCCCCAGACCGCAGGUAGCAGGCCAGGCUCCCAACUGUUUUUCUGUGACUGUUGCUCGCCGUGUAGGCCGCUAAACAUCUGGCUGAACCAAGCGUUCAUCCUGACCUGACGCUAGAACCUCAGAACCAAAAGUAAGGCCUGAUCAUGCCCCUGCCCCGCCGCCCCAGAGACCUCCUCUUGUCUCUUUGGUGUUUUGUGUUCGACUUUUGCUUUGCGUUUCUGUGUGUCUGCAUGGUACUUUUCGGGCAGCGGCUCCUGCCAUCAUCACCAGCAGUUUCUCUUCUGCCUGCUCUCCUGAGCCGGGCUAUCCCAGAAGCCCUCGUCCUGCUGGUCACGCGGGAACGAUCCCGCCCUCUUCUUCCCGUGCCCCUCGGCAGUCGGCUGCACGUGCUUCCACAGUAAGACCUGUUGUGUGGCUCUUUCCAGCAAAGUAGCAAUCCGCCGUUACAGAGGUCGCCCUCGUGCUCCCUGAUCCAGUUAACGAGCCAGAACUCUUCUCCCAACCAGCAGAGGGCCCCGCAGGUCAUCGGGGUCAUGCAGAGCCAGAGCAGCAGCGCAGGGAACCGCGGACCCCGGCCGCUGGAGCAGGUCACCUGCUACAAG